CUGCACUUUGUGAACUGCUGCGGCAGUGCUGAAGUCCAAAGUUCAGUAACUUGCUAAAGCACACAGAUAAAUAUGAACCUUGGAGAAUUUACAUUUGCUCCAAUGUAAACAGAUAGCCAAGGGUCCCUUUAUCAGCACUGGCUCAGGACAGUCGUGGGGGGUCUGAAGUGGCUCAAUUUUGUAUUUUGUUUUUUUUGGGGGGUGUAAAGGCGGGAGGCUGUGCUGUGCCCACUCUCCUGACAGUCGGGCGUGUUACCUCAGGAACAUGGUGUAGGGAAGCUGGAAGCAGGAUAACCCGAAAUUCAAACCCAAGGGACACCAGGCUGAAGACCAUGGUCUCGAAGCUGACUCAUCUCCAAGUGGAGCUGCUGGAAGCGCUGCUGGAGUCGGGGCUGACCAAGGAGACCUUGAUCAAGGCACUGAGCGAAGCGGAACCCUACGGGCUCCAGAGUGAAAGUCAGCGCGCUAUCAAUGCCCUCCAGGCUGAGAAAGGGGAGCCCUGUCCCGACAUCCCCAACCUCCCCAACGGAAUGGGGGAGUCCAGGGUAUCAGAAGAUGAAACCUCAGAUGACGGAGAGGAAUUUACCCCUCCAAUAAUGAAGGAGCUGGAAAACUUGAGCCCUGAAGAGGCUGCUCACCAGAAGGCUGUGGUGGAAAGACUAUUACAAGAGGAUCCCUGGCGAGUAGCAAAGAUGGUGAAGUCUUACCUCCAGCAGCACAACAUCCCUCAGCGUGAGGUGGUGGACACCACUGGUCUGAACCAAUCCCACCUCUCACAACACCUCAACAAGGGCACUCCCAUGAAGACCCAAAAACGGGCAGCCCUGUACACCUGGUAUGUCCGGAAGCAGCGAGAGGUAGCCCAACAAUUCACACACGCUGGCCAGGGUAUCCUGACAGACGAGCCCAUGGGAGAUGACCUGCCCACCAAGAAGGGAAGAAGAAAUCGCUUUAAGUGGGGUCCUGCCUCACAACAGAUCCUGUUCCAAGCCUACGAGAGGCAGAAAAACCCCAGCAAAGAAGAGAGGGAGGCACUGGUGGAAGAGUGCAACAGGGCAGAGUGUAUUCAGAGAGGUGUUUCCCCAUCUCAGGCCCAGGGACUGGGCUCAAACCUGGUGACAGAGGUCAGAGUUUACAACUGGUUUGCCAAUCGCAGGAAGGAGGAGGCUUUCCGGCACAAGCUGGCCAUGGACACCUUCAGCGGACCACAGCCCACCUCUGCCCCUCCUCUAACUCCCCACAGCUCCUCCUCCCUCCAGCCACCACCUGCUCUCUCACCCAGCAAAGUUCAUGGAGUGAGGUACAACCAGCAGCCAGCCAGUGAGGCAGAGUCCUCCAGCAGCAACCACCACGGGAACAGCUCCAUGGUGACCACCCAAACCAUCCUGCAUCAGGUUUCUCCCCCUGGACUGGAGCCCAGCCAGAACCUGCUGAGCACAGACACUAAGCUGGUAUCAGCUCCUGGAGGAACUCUCCCUCCUGUCAGCACCCUGACUGCCCUGCACAGCCUCGAGCAAAGCCCACACACGCUGAGCCAGCAGACCCAGAACCUGAUCAUGGCAUCCCUGCCGGGGGUCAUGGCGAUCGGGGCGGGCGAGACCCCGUCCCUGGCACCCGCCUUCACCAACACGGGAGCCUCCACCCUGGUGAUCGGCCUGGCCUCAACCCAGCCCCAGAGUGUUCCUGUAAUAAACAGCAUGGGGAGCAGCCUCACUACCCUGCAGCCCGUUCAGUUCUCCCAGCAACUGCACCCAUCCUACCAGCAGCCCCUCAUGCAGCAAGUCCAGAGCCACAUCAACCAGAGCCCCUUCAUGGCUACCAUGGCUCAGAUACAGAACCCUCACGCUCUUUAUGGCCCCAAAUCUGAAGUGACUCAAUACACACAUGCAGGCCUCUUACCACAAACCAUGGUGAUAACAGACACAGCCAAUCUCAGUGCCCUGACCAACCUGACACCAACUAAACAGGCAUUCACACCUGACUCAGAGACUCACACCGAGUCUGGGAUGCACACACCAGUGUCACAGGCACCAACAAUCCAUCUACAGAACCAAGACACAACAAUCCAGCACCUUCAGCCAGGCCCACGCCUCACCUCGAGCCCUGCUGUGUCCUCCAGCAGCCUGGUGCUGUACCAAAGCUCUGACUCCACCAACAGCCACAGCCAGCUGCUGCCAUCCACUCACAACGUCAUUGAGACCUUCAUCUCCACACAGAUGGCAUCUUCCACCCAGUAACCACCACAAGUAGCUCCUGAGUGACUGCCACAACCAACCUGCCAGGUGCAACUCCAGUCGUGUUUGCCACCACAGCCUCACACAAACCCCUACUCAGCUGCCUCCAGGAGAGAAAACGUCUCAGGCUCAAGACAGA